AAAUGCACACUACGUAUACCCAGACCUAGUGAUCACUAUCAUCAAUCAUCAUUCAUCGGCAUCAUAGGGUGUAUAUUUACUUUUCUUUCUUCAGCUGUAUAUAUAAAUGAUUUAUCCUCAAAUUGUUAAGGCCAGCAAAUUUGAAUGCCAUAAAGAGCCUUAAUUGGUGAUUACUGUACGUAGGCAACCCCAGCUGAACUGAAAUUUAGACAGAUCUAUGCAGUUUAGAACACCCUACAGCAAAGUACUGCAGCACUAUCCACCAUGGAAGCCCAUGGCGAAAUGGACCUAGGAGGCUUCUUGGAUGAAGAAAGGAAGAAAAUUAAUUUAUCAAGGACACUCUCUUUUGGUGGUCGUGAUCAGAACUCAUCUGAAUCUAACGUCCAGUUUGCUUCUCCAAGGCCAUCUUCUGCUUCGGCAACAUCAAUCCCAUUGCCCGUGCCUAUGAGCCCCGAGACACCAUGGACACUCUCCCCCGUGCGCAUGUCUCCCUCUCAACCCCUUCUUUAUCAUUGCAUUGCGUCUCUACACCGCCAUGAAGGUAACAUUUUCUGUAUCGCACUCACCAAAGAUUUCAUAUUCACUGGAUCUGAGAGUAAACGAAUCCACGUCUGGAAGCAACCAGACUGCACUCAAAUGGGUUACAUAAGGGCCAAUUCUGGUCAAGUUCGUGCCAUCUUGGCCCAUGGAAGACUUCUAUUCACCACGCAUAGCGACUGUAAAAUCCGACUGUGGAAUGUGUCCAUCACAGCAGAGAAUUUCCGACCAAAGAAGAUCGCCACGUUGCCUCAAAGAAAGCCAUUCUUCUUGUUUACGAGAAAGAGCACCCACCAACACAGAAACAUUAUUUCUUGCCUAGCGUACAACCAUGAAGAAAAGCUUUUAUACACGGGCUCGUGGGAUAGAACGGUUAAGGCCUGGAAUAUCUCUGAAAAUCGUUGUGUGGAUUCGUUCGUGGCUCACGAUGGCCAUGUUAAUGCAAUUGUCGUCAAUGAACAUGAUGGGUGUGUUUUCACUUGCUCUUCCGAUGGCUCAGUGAAAAUAUGGAGAAGAGUGUUUGGAGAAAACUCUCAUAUCCUCACCAUGACCCUGAAAUUUCAACUUUCACCGGUGAAUGCCUUGGCGUUGAGCUUGUCACCCAGCACUUUCUUGCUCUACUCUGGUUCGUCGGAUGGGCUUAUAAACGUUUGGGAGAAGGAGAAGCUGUCUGGGAGAUACAACCAUGGAGGGUUUUUACAGGGCCAUCAUUUUGCUGUCCUUUGCUUGGUAGCCAUAGGGGACAUAGUGUUUAGUGGUUCUGAGGAUGCAACCAUUAGGGUAUGGAGGAGAGAGGAAGGAAAUUGCUUACAUUCAUGUCUUUCAGUCAUCGAAGGGCAUCACGGGCCAGUGAGAUGCUUAGCUGCGUCUUUAGAGUCGGAUAAUUUAGUUAAGUGUUUGCUGAUUUAUAGUGCGAGCUUGGAUCAAACUUUUAAGGUAUGGCGGGUUAAGAUUUAUCCCGUCGAGAAGGCAUACUUGGAGGAGCCAGUGAAAGAUCGGCAAAGAGAAGUUGUGGAGUUUGAGAUGAAUCCUGUGUUAUCGCCAUCAUGGGUAGAGAAGAAGCGUCAAGGAGAUCAUUAAUAUAUUUCUAGUAGAAGGGGAAGUAGAUCAUAGCAGCAAAGGAUUCGGACCAUGUAAGCUAUAAUUUAGUUUGAUUUUUGUGUUUAAUAAAUUGAUCAAUCAAGGGGUUUCUCUAAUUCUAUAACCCUUUUCUGUUUGAAUCUCGAUGUAUUUUUUUAAGCCAUAUGAGGAUUAUAGCUGAUUCACUCCAACGUCUAGUUCUAAAACUUGACUGGGCUUGAUUAUGGGGCUUUCGACAAAGUUCAACUGGAACUGGUCCCUCUGCACUGGCCUA